AUGGCAGAUAUUCAAUCUCAAUCGUCUGCCAGUAGUGAUGAUGGUAGUUCUGAUGCAGGACCCUCCGCACCCCCCGCACCCCCCGCACCCAUCGAGCCCACCCCAACCUGUGCGCGUUGCGUUAUAAGACUCAUCCUCGAUCCUACCGAGAGAUGUAUCCUCCACCAACCCAACCAACGAGCCAUUGCCAUGGAGGCAGAUACGAAGUGCACGUACUGCCAGGUCCAACGGGCAAGAUGUUAUAAGUGCCCUUCAGCUCUCAAGCCGGAGAUUUUAGAGCUCCAACAACGAGCCCGGGACUACAAUACCUGGGUAGAUGGCCAGAAUCUACUUUCGCCUGCUCUUCGUAGCACUUGGGUCUUGCCAACAACCGUCCCGGCUGUAAGCCCCGCCAAUGCACCGAAUGCCUACAAGGAGCUACUUAGGGCCCAUAAGGUAGUUGCAAUUGGGAUCAACAGAGCCCAGAGGCGUAUCUCUGGAUGGCGGGGCUUGAGGGAAGUCCAGAGGAACUACCUCUUGAGACUGGAUCCUGCGGUUAGGAAUGGUGGCAGCCAUGGUUACUGA